GUAUUUUGCGUUUGAAGAAUCUUCUAAUAUUUCUAAUCUGUAAGUUGUAACAUCAAAUCAGAAUUUAGAGUGAAUUAGAAAUAUUGAUGAGGGAAGAUACCUGACAGUAACAGGAAUUGAGAUUAUCGAUAUCGAAAAUCUUGAUUAAAACUGCAAAUUUUCUACUUUCUACGGCGUGACUGAGUCGUAGUUCUUCUCUGUUCAUCGCUGGAAGUCGCCGUCUGAGCGACACAGUCCCAUCAAAUCCCAACAGAAUCGCCAGCAAAAUAUACCUCCAUUUCGAUUUUAUUUAUUCUUAUCCUUCAGAAUCCCGAAAAUUUGCGCAUAAAGCUUUGUUCCGUGAGAAAGGGGAAGAAGAAUUCGAUUCCAAUGUAGAACUGACCUUGAGGGGAUGUAGCAUAUUAAUUUUGUCUGUUGUAGCGUUUUUUAAGGAGGUGGUGGUUCGUUUUUUUCCCCUUCCUCCAUGGAUGCUCAUGUGCGAGCUCGUUUCACACUUGGCAAACAGUCCUCGCUCAGGCCAGCGCGUGAAGGCUCAGGUGUGGUUGCCGAGGAGCUCGAUGAUCCGAUCGCGAUUGAUCCUGGGAUUAAGCUCAUGUACCUGGCAAAUGACGGCGACGUGGAUGGGAUUAGGGAGCUACUGGAUUCGGGCACCGACGUGAAUUUUCACGACAGCGAUGGCCGAACCUCGUUGCAUGUUGCUGCUUGUCAGGGCAGGCCAGACGUUGUUGAGUUGCUACUCAGAAGGGGUGCGGAGGUCGACGUUGAGGACUGCUGGGGCAGCACGCCUCUUGCAGAUGCCAUACAUUACCAGAAUCAUGAUGUGAUCAAACUCUUACAGAAACAUGGUGCAAAGCCACAGGUGGCUCCAAUGCGUGUGCAAAAUGAUCGUGAAGUUCCUGAGUAUGAGAUCAAUCCAAAUGAGCUUGAUUUUUCUAAACGUGUCAACAUUACAAAAGGAACUUUCUGCAUUGCGUCAUGGCGUGGAACUGAAGUUGCCGUGAAGACACUAGGCAAGGAAGUUUUCACUGAUGAGGAUAAAGUGAAAGCAUUUAGGGAUGAACUUGCUUUACUUCAGAAGAUACGCCAUCCUAAUGUUGUCCAAUUUCUUGGAGCUGUAACACAAAGUAGCCCAAUGAUGAUUGUCACAGAGUAUUUACCCCAGGGGGACCUUGAUGCAUUCAUGAAACAAAAAGGUUCCUUGAAGCUAGCAACAGCUGUAAAGUUCGCUCUUGACAUUGCUAGGGGAAUGAAUUAUUUGCAUGAGCAUAAACCUGAAGCAAUAGUCCAUCGUGAUCUUGAACCUUCAAACAUACUGCGGGAUGAUUCUGGGCACCUGAAAGUUGCAGACUUUGGAGUAAGCAAACUUCUAAAAGUUUCAAAAGGGGUCAAAGAAGACAGACCUGUGACAUGUCACGACACUUCAUGCCGAUAUGUGGCACCGGAGGUUUACAAAAAUGAAGAAUAUGAUACGAGAGUGGAUGUAUUUUCAUUUGCUUUGAUCUUGCAAGAGAUGAUAGAAGGCCAUCCACCUUUUCCAACAAAGCCAGAAAAUGAAGUACCAAAAGCUUAUAUAGCUAAUGAACGCCCACCAUUUAAGGAUCCCCCAAAUCGUUAUGAACCUGGAAUAAAGGAGCUAAUCCAGGAAUGUUGGGAUGAGAAGCCAAGUAAAAGACCCACAUUUCGGCAAAUAAUUAGGAGGUUGGACGAUAUUAACAAUCAACUUGUUCAAUCAAGCAACGUGAAGGUGAAUCCAUUCAGAUAUUGUUUCGUGAACCUGAGAGCCUUAUUUAAAAGGGAAAAGACUAAUCCAGGCAGCAGAUCUACCUCGGAAAGCAAAUGAGGGAAAAAUCUUAUCGUUAAUCAUCAGUUGCGAGAUGGAGACUCUAAAUUAUGAUCUAAAUGAAGGAAGUACAUCAACCAUUAGAAGAAAACAGUGAAAAUUAUAAAACUACUCUUAUAGGGGUUAAAACUUAAUACUACUUCCAAAUUGAGAAAUUUCUCUGGUACUUUAAACAUUAAAUAUUACAAUUAAAAUCUAUAGUUAUAAUUUUA